AUUGCAGCAGCUGGCGGCCAGAAACUCCGAACUUCGUCUUUCACGCUCAUGUAUCUCUUCGCUUAACGCUCCAUCCAUGUUUGCUGCGCCUGCUCUUCUUCUCGGUCUCAGCGCACGACUUUUAUUGGAUUAUGUCUCUCGUUCUGGAGGAGAACAAACCUUUCGCGAUUAUUUCAUGAUGGGCCUCUGGGAAGGCGUCCUCUGGUGCAUCGUGAAAAGUCACGAUUUGGCAAUUCCAGUGGCGAUUGGAAUAGCUGCUAAAGAGGCUAUCGCCUCUACCUUCGUUCCCAAUGCUUUCCAAUCCAUCACCUCACUUCUCGGAAUUGUCGUCGGCGCCGUUGGGACAGAUCUUUUGUCUGGACUAAUUGAUCAACCAGUGGAUAAAAGGACGUCGUCAAAGUCGCAUCAUUCCUCGUCGCGCAACCAUCGUAGUCACGGACGAAAGGCAAGGCACUCACAAUCUCCUCGUACGCAAGCCAAUGCAGGCGACCGGUUUCGUCCACCACGUCGAACAGUGUCGGACAUCACGUCCGUGGAUUCCGACUCCGAAUUAGUUGGUCCGAAGGCCACAAUGUCGCCCAUUGAGAGAGAGGUCGCUGCCUUGAGAGCUCGUGCAUCCUUGGCCGAUAGCGAGCGUCGUCGGUUCAAGGAGGAGAAGAAGUGGGCCUUGGCCGAUGGUAAUGUCGAACUUGCAAAACAACUUAAAUGGCAAGCGCAGAAGUACUCUGUACUGAUGAAGAGUUUUCAUCGCGAGGCGGACCAAAAGUUGUUGGAGGCUUCGCGAAGUUCGGGUUUACGCUCACGCUCUCAACUGCAGACCAUCGAGGAAUACAACGAGACUACACAGACUACCCCUAUCACAUCGAACAAUGGCCGUCAUCGUAAAUCAUCAAAAGCUGAACAACCGGUUGUUCACGUCGAUAUAAAUCCUUCACAGGUCAAGUCGGCCAUACGGGUCAAUGUUCGAUGACAUUUAGCCACCUUCACGAUGAUUAGCAUUCUCAGGAAGGCCUCUUGCAGAGGGGUUCGAACAGGAACGACCCGAUGCUUAUGGCUUGCUCGCAAAUUGGGACCAACAUAUACCUCUAUGAAUGUUGCAAUAGACCAAGCACUUUGGAGCGGCUUAUUUGGGGAUGUUGAUUAUACUGAGUUUGUUUGGUCACAGCCUUUUCAUGAUUAGUACUCGAGACACCACGAGCAUAGCUGCCGUCCUUAAGAUUGAUACAUAGUUAGAACACCGCUGACAGUGCAUAAUGACAUCUUCAUGGGA